AUGAGCGCCCCACUAGAGAGCCCCGCCGGCAACAGCGGAGAGCCCAACGACCAACCACAAACAACCCAAGAGCCCACUCCGAGUGAUAGCAAUGCUGAGACAGCGGUCGUCGAUGGCACAGAGAAACCCGAGACAAAUGGAACCACACCUGCCGUUGACAGCGCUGCACCAAUGCCUGCCGAGGUGAGCAACGGCACGCAGCCAACUGAAGAUAGCAACAUCCAAGCGCAAGGCAGCACACCCGUGGAGCCAGAUCUGAGGCCGGCCGUGUUGAUUGUCGGAGGACUUGGCUAUAUCGGCCGCUUCCUCGCCAAUUACAUACACCAGAACAAACUGGCAUCGACCUUGCGAAUAGUUGAUAAGCAGCUCCCGCAGCUUGCUUCGCUCGCAUCAGAACACAAGGAGGCAUGUUCUGUGGAGAGGUGCGUCCAGGCCGACGCAUCGCGCGAACAGUCGCAGCCGCGCAUCUUCGAUUUACCGGCAGCACCGGAUGGUACGAAGAAGCAGUUUGACUAUGUAUUCAACUGCGGCGGCGAAACGCGCUACUCGCAGGAAGACGAGGUGUACAAGCUGCGUAGCUAUGAACUGRGCUUGGCUCUGGGAACAGAGGCCGCUAAGCGAGGCGUGAAGGCGUUUGUAGAAGUGAGCACGGCUUCCGUCUACAAUCCGAACCGCUCGCCUCAAAAGGAGACGGACAAGACGAGCAAGCCACACACCAAGCAAGCGAAGUGGAAGCUGGCCGCUGAGGAGGCAUUGGGGAAGAUUCCGAAAUUGAACCUUGUUAUCCUUCGCUUGCCAAAUGUAUACGGACCAUAUGGAGGCAGAUGGCUAAGCACGCAACUGGCGCUCGCGCGGGUCUAUCAGAGUCGAGAGCCGAAAGAGACAAUGAAGUGGUUAUGGAGCGGAGAUCUCAGAACCAACACUCUUCACGUGGAAGACGCAGUACGGGCGUUGUGGCAAGCUGCCGUGUGGAGGUCGAAGAAUGACCGGAUACCCAACGUCACCGCCGACAGAAUCAUUUUCAACGUGGUGGACAAGGGUCAAACGACACAGGGAACCGUGGCUGGUAUCAUCAAGCAGGUUUUCAGCAUCGAGACGGGCUUCUACAAUGCUUUGGUCAACACAUUCGCUCGGCUGAAUCUAGAGCAUGUGGUGGAUGAUGUGAAUGACGAUACUCUGGAUGACUGGGCAGACUUGCAGGAAGCUGCCGGCAUCAAAGGGAACGGCGGACCUUUGAGCCCGUUCAUGGAAAAGGAGAUUCUGAGAGAUGCAGACCUGAGUGUUGACGGCAGUCGAUUCGAAACGGUUGUUGGCUUUCGACCACAGCAUGAGCGUUUGAGCAAGGAGGAGGUGGAGGCCGUCAUCGAAAGCUUCCGGGCGAUGAAAUGGUGGCCCUGA